CCGGGCGGCUCUGCCCCCGCCGCGCCGGGCAGGAGGCGCACCCGAGAGCUGCGGGACCCGCGGCGGCUGCCAGCUUCACCAGGAAAGAGGAAAGCGGCGGCUCCCGCGGGCAAGGAUUUGAGCGGCCGGGCGAAGGCUGGCAGCGCCGGAGCCCGUUUGGGGUUUCGCCGGCGGGGAGGGAGGAAGGAAGGAGCGAAGCCGCUCGGUUUUUUUUCCCUUUAAUCUCUUCCCCUGCUUGAGUCAGAGGUCGAAGUCACCCGUGUGUCCGUCCCGAAGCUUUUCACUCGCCACGGGGGGACUGACUGCCCCCGGGAAGAUGCGCCAACACCCGUGAGCGGGAUUGAGUGGGAGCAGAGCUGCCCCACGCUGGGGCAUGAGGCCGGGCAACUCAUCACACAGGUCUGGCCCUUCUGCGGCUUCAGCGAUGCUGCCUGGGAAAGCGGAGAAGAGGAUCGCUUCGUCCAUCUUCAUCACCCUGGUGCCACCACGCAGGGAGGCGGCCACCAAGGACGAAGCCCUGAGGGAGCCGCAGCCAGAUGGUGCUGAGGUCCUGGGUGCUCAUCGCCCCCGGGCCCCGCGGUCGCAGCACCCCGUGUUGCCCAACGGAGAAAUCCACCCAGCAGCCCCUGUGCCUUCAUCCUCACCAGUCCUCGUCCUCUCCGAAGCAGCCCAGCCCUUGUCCACAGAGACAGUGGGUCCAGCACUGCAGCAACUGGACCUGGCAGCACCCAGAGCCCUCCAGGCCCCUUCUGCCUUCCCUGCUGAACUGAGGCUACCCACAUUCCGCCAGGAGCCAGCAGGGAAGCUGCAGCAGCAGGAUACGAACGGGUACCCAGAGAGGGACGGCUCCAGAGUCAUCUGUGCCUUCUGCCACAAAGCACUGGGGCCCCGGGAGCCAACGGUGGAGGCGAUGCGGAAGCAGUACCACGCCGACUGCUUCAUGUGCCGCACCUGCCAGCGGCUCCUGGCCGGCCAGCGCUAUUACCAAAAGGAUGGGCGCCCCACGUGUGACACCUGCUACCAGGCCACGCUGGAGAAAUGUGCCAAGUGCCAGAGGCUGAUCACAGAGCGCAUCGUCCGUGCCCUGGGCAAGGGCUACCACCCCGGCUGCUUCUCCUGCGCCGCCUGUGGCCGGGCCAUCGGCACUGAGAGCUUCGCCGUGGAUGAGCAGGAGGAGGUGUACUGCGUGGCCGACUUCUACAGGAAAUACGCCGUGGUCUGCAGUGCCUGCGAGCGCCCCAUCGUCCCCCGCGAUGACAAGGACACCUACAAGAUCGAGUGCCUGGGACGCAGUUUCCACGAGAGCUGCUACCGCUGCGAGAGCUGUGGGACACCUCUGUCGCCGGAGCCCACAGAGAGCGGGUGCUACCCCCUGGAUGAUCACCUCCUCUGCAAGUCCUGCCACAUCCACAGGCGAAACGAGUCGUCCUGCUAAAUCCCCACGGCUCCACCUCUUCCAGCGCUGCACAUCACAAAGGGAGGUUCCCCCUGGAAUGCACCCUGCGGCCAGCCCCGGGUGCCCGCUGCACCCCCAAAUAGCUGCAGGACAGGAGUUUUCAUCACUAAAAUGUACCCAGGACCCUGGCUCGCCGGGCUGGACGAGCAGAGAGGCGAGGAUAAAGUGUCCCGGCACAGCUCUGUGCUCCUUAUGAACAUAUAAAGCCCUGGCAGAGCAGUGGUGGUGGAGGAGCUGAGGUUUUGUUCACUUAUUUCUGUUCUUAAACUCCUUUUCUGAGGUUGGUUUGGGUUCCCUGGGUGUAUUUUCUUUCUUCUCGAGCUUCCUUGGGGUUUCACUUAAACAUUUUUCUCUCUGUGGUGACACAGAGAGCGGGCACUGAUUUAGUUACUCGCAGUUAAAUAAAACCCCACGUUUAAAACCCCCUGUUUAUUUCAUCCGCCCUGCAUUCCAAACCCAUAAAAUACAAGGUUAGAAAUAAGAAAAAAACCCUGCUUUUUAGACUCUCUAGGCCUGGCAAGAGUUGAGUUGCAGAGGGCAAUAACGCAGCAGAUUUUGGGGUGCAAUGAUCUGGCAGAGCUGCUGAACCCAGAGGAGAGCUGGAGGUUGUUUUUUGGGGGCUGGGUUUGGGAUUUUGCCAUGUGCUGUGGUGUUGAUGAAGUGUUGAGGAAGGGUUUUUUUGCUGCCAGCCUGCAGCGCCUGGACUCCAUCUCCACCAAAUCCUGAAGCCGGCAGAGGGCAGGCAGAGCACGAGUUCUUCCAUCAGGCAGAGAAACUCCAGCUAAACACUCCCUCCUGUGUCCAACAGCCUCAUUUUUGCAUGAUAUCCAAGAUAUUGCUCCGCUGUCCCAAGCUUUUUGAUGUCCUCUUGAUCCAAGCGCCAAAACUGCAGAAUUGGACCAUUUCUCUGCCUGCCCAACAUCUGUGCAACCGAUGUCAUGGCUGCGCAGCGGUUUUGUUUGCAAGGGCAUUGCAAACCAGGCAGAGAAAGAGGGGUUUUCCUGUGCUUAAAAAGCCACAAAUCGAGAGCAGAAAAUAGCAAAAGCAUCUGAAAUGACGUUUAAUGCUUUCCUGAUGAAAAAAUGGAGCUGCUAAAAAAAAACUAGCAACCAUCCAACCAGCAGCCACACGCUUCUAAGUCGCAUUGUAGCCUGUUCCUGCAGUGCGUGCUGUAUUUAUGGAUGAAGGGGUUAAUGUAUAGUUAAUGUAUGCACCGAGUCAAUUAAUCACACCAACCCCACAACUCUUUCCUGCCGACUCUGCCCAUCUACAAAACCUAAUUAUUACUCAAGGUUUGUUAAUGUGCGCCUACAGCCCAUCAAUCAGGUUGUAACUCGAUAUAGACUUAUUUAUAAAUAGGAUGUUAAUGUAAAGUUGGGGUCUGUCGCAGUCCCGUAAGGAAGUGGCUUUGGGUCCCGUUGCUUGGGAUCCCCAUGUCCCACGCCAGGGAAAUCCCGCACUCGGAGUCAGCUCUCACUUGCCAAAGCCUCUCACCCUGUGGGGAAAACCAGACACCAAAAUGAUGCUAGGAAAGUGAAAAGACGGGGGCAGGGUUGGCAGCGGCCAAAGGCCUUGGGGAAGGCAAGUCCUGAAGGGCAAAAUGUUGCCUGAGACCCUUUUUUUUUUUUAAUUGCAAUACGGGUAUUUUUCCAAGCGAGGUUUUCAGGGAGGAUGGAAAGGCCAAUGCUAAGCGGUGUC